AUGCGUGCCUCUAGGUAUGUUCUUGAACAUAUUGUUUCCUAUGGACUUAAAACUGCUCAGGUCGAUGCGGAAACAAGGCGAAUCGUGACUUUUGAUGAAAUUCGGAGAAAAAGUAAAUCUCUGACAAAAUGGCUCCGCUUACAUGGGUUUGGGAGAGGUUGCACGAUCGGUCUGCUGAGUAGAAACAGUUUGGACUUUGCGUGGAUACUACUUGGAAUUUGGGAGAGUGGAGCUGUAUGUCAUCUCAUCGACUUCAGAUAUACUUUACGCGAGGUCAUCCAUGCCCUUGAAACGGCCCCUGUUGAUGUGCUUAUACUUCAGAGAGGAGUAUUUCAGACCCUAGCCUGCUCUGAGACCGAACAAAUCAAGCAUAUUUUUGAAUUUGGCGAAGAAAAUGUUCCAUACAGUGAAGCUGCCACACCGCUUGACACUAUCUUUAAAUUCGACAUUAGUGUCAAUUGCAUGGCUCAACCGAGCGAGGACAAUACAAGUCUGGAAAUGGAGAAUGAACCAGACCCUCUGGUUCUGAUUCUGAGCUCAAGUGGAACAACAGGACUUCCUAAAGGUGUUAUGCAUACUGAGGAUAGUAUUUUUGCAGGCUUAGAACUUGGUUCUAGCAAUAUCCUGGUCCAAAAUGAUGAUAAAACUAUCGGGUUAUUGCCAUUUCAUCAUGCGUACGGUCUCUCGGUCAUGCUCAACUCCUUGUGUGUAGGCGCUUUAAUGGUUGUGAUACCUAAGUUCUCGCUGCCUUUUUGGAUUGAGACGAUUCAAACUUUUUCGAUCACCCGGCUACAUUUGGUUCCUUCCUUGCUCUUGACCCUACUGAAGUCAAACACCCUCGAUUUUAGAGACCUUUUAUCAGUGAAACACGUAUGCGUUGGUGGUGCUCCAAUGUUCGAGGAUAGUAUUGAAACAUAUAUGGAUAAAUUUCUACAGCCAGUCGUGAUACAGAAAGUGUAUGGCUGCACCGAAUGUUUCCACUACCUAUUUUCUCAGGUGUAUGAUGCUAAAAGACCAGGAUCGCUCGGGAAAGUCGCUCCAUCGUUGCAUGUAAAGAUUGUAGACUUGAAGAGCCGAGAGGUUUUGGGACCUAAUUCUGUGGGAGAGAUUUGUAUUAAAGGCCGCCCUGUCGCCAAAGGCUACAUCAACAACCCAAAAGCCAAUGCUUGUGCUUUCGAUGCGGAUCGUUGGUUUUUGACAGGAGAUAUGGGCUACUUUGAUGAAGAUGGCUACUUUUACUUUGUAGAUAGGUUUAAAAAUAUCAUCAAAUACCAAGGAAAUCAGGUGUCUCCAAGUGAGCUGGAAUUCGUUUUAAUCGCCCAUCCAAAUAUUGUCGAGGCAGCAGUUAUAGGAAUAGAACACGAAAUCUUUGGACAGGUGCCUCGGGCAUAUGUUAUCCCUCGAGAAAGCCACGAUAACACAGCUCAAGAGAUUCAUGAUUACAUGAGGAGUGUUUUGGCUCCGUUCAAACUAUUGAGAGGAGGGUUGGUCUACACUUCUUACAUUCCUAAGACGAGUACUGGGAAAGUGCAAAGGCACUCGUUGCACAAUAUGGUAGUGCAAAAAAUACACUUUGAUCUCAAAAUGAAAACAUAUGAUCAAGCUGAAGUAGACAAGAAAUUACAAAGAGCGGUGGACGCUGAAACUCAUAGAAAGAUAUCUUUUGAUGAUGUAAAAUGCAAAUGCGCUAAUUUAGCGAAAUGGUUCCGCGCGCACAAUCUCGGCAAGGGGAGCACUGUCGGUUUGAUGAGUUCAAAUAACAUUGACUUCAUUUGGAUUCUAUUGGGCGUGUGGACCAGCGGGGCAGCCUGUCGCUUGAUUUGCCCAAAAUCCACUUUGUAUGAGCUAAUCCAUUCUCUUGACAUCACUCCUGUUGAGUGUUUACUGAUGCAAAAAGGUAAACUAAAAAGAUUGGCCUGCCCAAAAAUAUCCGCAGUAAAGUAUGUAUUAGAAUUUGGAGAAGAAAAGACAAAAUGUAGUGAUGGAGCAAUUAGAUUAGAAGAUGCGCUGAAAGACUUCAAAGAAGACGACCACUUCGAUCAAAGUCCGCAGGUGAAACCAACUGUGCAGAAUGAGACACAAAAUGUAGCUGCGCGAGACAAAUCUAGCAAUAUCCCUGAUGAUAUUGCUCUCAUUCUGACCUCAAGCGGGACCACAGGACUACCAAAAUGCGUCAUGCUUACGCAUGAUAAUAUUAUAGCGGCUCUAAAAAAACGUCAUCUAUUCGUUGAAAAAAGUGCAGUAGCUCUUGGUUUAAUGCCUUUCCGCCAUGCGUAUGGUCUGAUUACUAUGGUCAUGUGCUUGUGCGAGGGUGCGGUAUUGGUAAACAUGACAAGUUUCUCAUUCCUCAGGUGGAUCAAUGUAAUUAAAGAAUUCUCAGUGAGCCAUUUGCACAUAGUGCCAUCUCUCUCGUUGUCCCUGUUGAAAUCAGACCUAGUCAACUUCGAGGACCUGCGAUCAGUGCGGCAAAUUUGGGUGGCAGCGGCCCCCAUUUGCGAAGAGGCUCAUGAGAAGCUUAAGAAGAAGUUUCACCAACCGGUUCGAAUUUACAAAGCGUAUGGCCUCACCGAGGCAACUUUCAUCGUAGCCUUUGGGGAAUUUGAGCGCCAGAAACCGGGAUGCAUUGGAAAAAUUGUCGAAACGAUGCAAUGCAAGAUAAUCGAUAAGGACAGCGGGGAUGAUUUGCCCAUAAAUAAAGUAGGCGAGGUGUGCUUCAAGGGUCCAAUGGUGGCUAAAGGCUAUGUGAAUGACCCCGAAGCCACAGCUGAGAUCUUUUGCUCUGGUGGCUGGGUGCGGUCGGGUGAUCUUGGUUCUCUCGACGAAGCUGGCUAUUUUUACUAUGUUGACAGAAUGAAAAAUAUCAUUAAAUAUCAAGGACAACAGAUUUCACCUUGUGAACUGGAAACAGUUUUGAUCUCUCACUCGGAUGUAAAAGAGGCUGCAGUAAUUGGGGUACCUCAUGAGAUAUUUGGAGAGGUGCCUAGGGCGUUUAUUGUCCCUCUUGAUCAUUCUAAGGUUAUCGCACAGGACAUCCAUGAUUAUAUGAAAGAGAUGGUGGCUCCUUUUAAACAGCUUAGAGGUGGUAUCGUUUUCCUCACGGAGCUUCCAAAAACCGGACUUGGAAAAGUUAAAAGAAGCACGCUUCUCAAUUUUGAACCCAAGACAGUGUUUUAUGAUGAAAUUCGAGGGAAAAUAAGUGUGCACUCACAUACCUUAGAAUCCGGCGAGAAUAGAACGGAAGCUGUCACGACUGAAUAACAAUGCAAUGUCAAAAACUGUCCAUGGAUUUCACAAAAAAUGAAUAUCUACAAUAAUUUUUAUUAGGAAAAACGAAAAACAAACAUCAAUGUCAUUGGUUCUUUUUAUCGGUUGGGGACGGAGAUCCUGAGAUGAAUCGCAGAAUUUUUGGUUUCAGGUGAGUAAUUGGCGCUUCAAUUGUUAAAUAGCCAUAUAUUGCGAAAGCGUAGAUAGGAAAGAAGUCUCCCAGAUGUCGGCCCAAAAAACCCUAGAAUAAAAACAAAAAAGUCUAUAAAAUGGCUUAGAAUCUUGUGCUCAUAUAGAA